AUGUCGAGCACUCGCCUACUCACCCUGGUGGGUCUUCUGGUCGCGGCCAGUGCUGUCGAUGCCACCCCCGCCUCUCCUCUCGAGGCGAGAGCAAGCAGCUGCAACGCCGACAACCUCUUGAGGCGCUUCAGAGACACCCGGUACUCUGAUGGUGCCACCUCUUUCUGCCAGACGUUUAUCGACGCGUACACGCACACCACUGUCACUGUGACCACUGUUGCCUCUGCCAUCCCUUCGGUGACCACUACGCCGUAUUCCUACCCCUCGCCACUCCUGACUACCUCCUACCCCGACGAGCGCCUGUCGAGUGCCUGCAGCUGCAUCGACCUCGCCACCAAGACCAAGACGGAUACGACGUAUGUCCCUGCGCCCACCGACACCGCCCUCGGCUGCUGGACCGAGGGCAUCGGCGGCGCCAAGGCCCUGUCCGAGAAGCACUUCAACACGUCCAUGACCGUCGAGAAGUGCGCCUCCCUCUGCACAGGCUCUGCCUUCUACGGCGUCGAGUACGGCGUCGAGUGCUACUGCGGCGACGCCGUCCAGAACGGCGCCUUCCGCACCGACGUCAAGGCCUGCGACAUCCCCUGCGCCGGCAACCUGGCCCAGCAGUGCGGCGGCCGCUCCUUCAUCAACAUCUACCAGGUCGCCGGCUCGACGGCCACCCUGCCGCCCGCGACCCCGACCCAGGCGGUCUACCCGUACGCCUACGCCGGCUGCUACGCCGAGCCCGCGAGCGGCGCCAAGGCCCUGAGCACCGUGUACCAGGUCGCCGACAUGACGCGGGAGAUGUGCUUCUACGACUGCUACAACGGCGGCUACAAGUUCGCCGGCCUCGAGUACGGCACCGAGUGUUGGUGCGGCAACGAGUUGGCCAACGGCACCGCGCACGUCGACGACGCCGUGUGCAAUAUGCCCUGCGGCGGUAACCCUGCCGAAACCUGCGGUGCUGGCAACACCCUCCAGCUUUAUGUCAAUGGGGUUGCUGCGUCUUAG